AUGCUUGUUCUCUCCGCAACCUUUGCUCCCCUUAUCGCGCUCUUCUCGUUUGGUCGCCUCGUCGCCGGUGCCAUCGGCCCCGUUGCUGACCUCACCAUCAGCAACGCCGACGUGACCCCCGAUGGAGACACUCGUGCGGCGGUCGUUGUCAAUGGUCUGAUGCCUGGCCCGCUCAUUACCGGCAACAUGGGCGACAACUUCCAGCUGAACGUCAUCGACGACCUCACAAACGACACCAUGCUUACGCCGACGACCAUUCACUGGCAUGGCUUCUUCCAGAGCGGCACUAACUGGGCAGAUGGCCCCGCGUUCGUCAACCAGUGCCCCAUUUCGACCGGCCACUCCUUCUUGUACGACUUCACCGCGACUGGCCAGGCUGGCACCUUCUGGUACCACAGCCAUCUCUCUACGCAGUACUGUGAUGGUCUCCGUGGCGCCAUUGUCGUUUACGACCCAAAUGAUCCCCAUGCGGACCUCUACGACGUCGACGACGACUCGACCGUCAUCACGCUCACAGACUGGUACCACACUGCGGCCGCGCUUGGUGCCCGAUUCCCUACCGCGGACUCUACUCUCAUCAACGGGUUGGGUCGGUCGACGACCACUAACGGUGCCACCGCGAACCUCACGGUCAUCACCGUCACUCAGGGCAAGCGCUACCGCUUCCGUCUCGUCAGCCUCUCGUGCGACCCCAACCACACGUUCUCGAUCGACAGCCACAACAUGACUGUCAUCGAGGCCGACGCCGUCAACCACUCGCCGCUCACCGUCGACGAGAUCCAGAUCUUUGCGGGCCAGCGCUACUCCUUCGUCCUCACUGCAGACCAGGACGUCGAUAACUACUGGAUCCGCGCCCUCCCCAAUUCUGGCACGACGUCCUUUGACGGUGGUAUCAACUCGGCCAUCCUCCGCUACGAUGGCGCCGCGGAGGUCGAGCCCACCACGACGCAGGGCAGCAACCAGACCUUGCUCAACGAGGCCGACCUCGUCCCCCUCGACAACCUCACUCCCCCCGGCACGGCGGAGGUUGGCGGCGUCGACCUCGCGAUCAACCUCGACCUCAGCUUCAACGGCACCGCGUUCUUCAUCAACAACGAGACCUGGACUUCGCCCACGGUCCCCGUCCUUCUGCAGAUCUUGAGCGGCGCGACCGCCGCGGCCGACCUCCUUCCCAGCGGCUCGAUCAUUUCCCUCCCCGGCAACUCUUCCAUCGAGAUCUCAUUCCCCAUGGUCGCUGCCGCGCCCGGCCAGCCCCACCCCUUCCACUUGCACGGGCACACCUUCUACGUCGUCCGCUCCGCCGGCGAGACCGACUACAACUUCGUCAACCCGCCCCAGCGCGACGUCGUCUCCACCGGCACGACUGGCGACAACGUCACGAUCCGCUUCGACACGAACAACCCCGGCCCGUGGUUCCUCCACUGCCACAUCGACUUCCACCUCGAGGCCGGCUUCGCGGUCGUCAUGGCCGAGGAUGCCGGGGACGUCAGCUCGUUCGUCUCGCCCUCGACCGCGUGGGAGGACCUCUGCCCGACGUACAACUCGCAGUACAACAUCACCACUGCCUCCUCCUCGUGA